AUGUGGGACUCGGUGCGCGCCCUCACCAAGCGCAUCAAUGUCCCCGUCACGGCGUCGACGACGGCGGCCGAAGCGGCGGAGAUGCGACGAGAUCCGUGGUCGCAAUCUGCAAAAUACGGGCUGGGCUUCGUCUACUUUUCGGUCGUGCUGUUGGUCAUCACGGCCUUCAUCCGAUUCUACCAUAUCUGGGGCGACAAGAUGCGCAUCGCUUUCCACAAGGAGCAACAACCACAACCCAUGACCAAUGCUACCCAGGCAGACGAAUAUGAGCUCCCAAGUGCUGGCACGGACAAUUCGACUGCGCACUUCUUCCCCCUCCGGCCGUACCACCGCCAGCUCCCAGGCGAGAAUCCUUGA